AUGCCUAAUCCUACCUACAAGGCUCUGAUCGACCUUUUAAAUCCAUCGUUCACCGCUGAAGCUCCUAGACUAACAAAAGUUCUCACCUUGAAGCAAUUCUCAUCACCAAUGUCCCAGUCCAUGAGGUUCAGCACUGCCGGCGAGCCUGCCUCGCUGGCGGAGGUAUGCAAAUUAUCGUGGCAUACCUUCUACGGCAUGCAGAAAGCGUCCGAGGACUUUGAAAACCUGCGUUUCGAGGUCUGGACCAUUGCCAUCAGCCUCGAUUCGCUGCACAGCGUCGGGACCACGUCAAUUCUCAUCGAUCGCCAACCAGACAAGGCACGCUGGGCAUUGACAUUCUCUAAGAUUCUGACCUCGUUGGGUGCAGUCUUACGCCCAUUACACUCACUUGUUAAAUUGUAUCUUUCAAGCUCCUCCAAAGACCGGGCGAGCAUCAAAAAUUGGCUCACGCAUUCGGAGGUAGCGUUCGAAGGGCUGACCAUCCAAGAUUUCCGAAGAAAACUGUCUAUGCUGGUGGAAAGCCUCAACGUAUUCCUCUCCUGUCUAACGCAUGCCGAGCUGGCCAGAGCCAAAGCCGCCUUCGAGUCUGAAGAAUAUCGGGUCCUUUCCGAAGUCACCAGGAAUGUCCUCCACAAAUGGGACCAAGACGUGACUUCGGGAGUUCGACGUCCAACGGAAAGGGGAGUGACUCAACCAGUCGAGGCUGUGGGAUAUGUCAACAACAACGACAAUAGCAACCCACCCCCAAAAUACAUACUGUCGUCGCCAAACAGCGGAGUUUCAGGUCUUGGACUAGCAUUUCCCGAUCUCCCGUCCUCGCCAGCUCGCCCGAGGUGCCAAAACGAACGUCCUUCUCAGCGUCCAGCGAGCAUCUUGAAUCUGGAUGAUAUCGAACAAGGAUUUCGAAGCCAUAUGCACGCUAUGCGUCGGAUUAGAGAACAACUUCGGAAGCAGAAAACGAACAACGAUCAUCUGUCAGACCAGAAAUCCGUCCAUUUCCCGGAAGCGAGCAACAGCACCGGGAGUCAACGCUGGGGCCAGCCGCCUCUGACGCCAACCACUCCAGUACUGAACCGCAAUAUGGUCGACUCGACUCAAUCUUCUGACGUGUCUGGAGACUAUGCCGAUGCCUCGAGUAAUGGCGGCAGCUCGUUGCAAAGUUCUGAAACCGGGAGCGUGGCUUCCAGUUACCAGAAUCCAGGCGAAGAGGACUCGAAGAUGACUGUCACGACUCGUCUGCAGUCUUCCCCUGGCCAUCAUCUCCGGAAACGGAAGAGACGAUCUCAGUAUCGGUUCAGGACAGGACUGGAAGACGAGAAGCUACAUUCAAGCGACGAUGAUGACGGGUCCGACGACGUCUUUGAUGCUCAGCAACCACACGUCAAGACAGAGCUGGAAAAGAUAUUAACCACCGUCUUAUUUUUUGAUCAAUGA